AUGGCUUAUACUCUGUUCUACAGUAGCAGUAGCAGUAGCAGUAGCAGUAGUGGUGGUGGUAAUAGUGGCGGUGGCUACAUCAACAAGCUCGAGCAAGCCAGACAAGAAUUCUGGAGCAGUCAUCCACAUCUCUCAGAAGAACAGCUUCAGCUGUCGUGGUUACAGACCGUCUCUGCACCCCCCUCCACCAAUUCCUGCCCUCCCACUCGGCCGUCGAUAGCCAGCCAAACACCCCGCACGAUGCGACACAGUAUGCCAAGCAUGGCCGAUUUCUCGCCACCCCAUUUCGGAUACAUGGACCGUACUCACUCAGCGCCUGGCGUCACUCAUCCACCCUCUGCCAUCGGCCUAGACAGCUCUGAGCUUGAGAGAUGCACGACCAGCUACUCAGACUGGCAGUCUACCGCUCAAGAGCCAGCAAACGACUACACACUCUUCUCCCAGAACUCGAUGAGAGCCCAAGCCCUCCUCCACCCAAUCGACGAGGCAGCCUGCUUCCCCACCGGCAACGGCAACGGCAACGGCAUGGUCGAGUACAGCCCCAACGACUACGUCAGCAACUGCAUUGAGCCCAUGAGCUCGAAUUCUCUCUUCACCCCCACUCCCCACCACUCACAACAGCAAGGUCAACUGACGCCAAAUCAGUGGUGUUCAUCGUCUGAUGCAUCCACCUCGCCCAGCACCCCCGUAACCGCCCUGAUGACGCCCGUCACGCAGUCGAGUGACAUGAGCCGUCAGGGAAGUUAUAAUCCUCAUUUCGUUGAUCAUGUUUCCAUGUUGCGUGUUCAGUCUGCUUCUUCUUGCGCGCUUCCCAUCCUCCCUGAGGAGGAUGGAAGUUUUCCUUUUUCGUUUGACGCUGAGUCAAAACCCAUCAGCAGCAAUGCUGAUGGUGCUCAGUUUUCGCACUUCACUGGCUUCAGUGAGGGUUUCCUUUCUCCGUCUCUCCAUCCUGUUUCUGCAAGUGCGCACGGACUUGCUUCUAUCGACAACGAACAGUCGGACCUGGCGGAAGAUAUGCGGAGGUCGACAUCAGCAUCCUCUAGUGAGAGCAGUAGGAGUGAGGCCUCGGUGCCCCGCUCGACCCAUUCUCGCCGUUCCCGUCGCGAACGCGAGAUCAAUGCGCAAGCCGCCUCUCGUAAGAUUGCCCCCAAGGCAGUCGAGCGCCUCCAAGGGACCGAGUCCAUGACAUCCCAUGCUCAGAUGGCAAGGAUAAGGUCCGAGGAUGGCUCCUCGAAGACGGUUGGUCUUCUCACCAAGACGCCCUAUGUGCGGCCUUCCCACCCGAAGAUCAUGUGUUCGUUCUGUAGUGAGCGUCCCGAUGGCUUCCGUGGUACUCAUGAACUCGAACGUCAUAUUGCUCGUGCUCACGCGCCAAGUCGCAAAGGCUUCAUCUGCAUCGAUGCUUCAGCUGAUGGCAAGUUUCUCGCAAACUGUAAGCACUGUCGUAACAAGAAGGUCUAUGGCGCCUACUACAACGCCGCCGCCCACCUUCGCCGUGCCCACUUCCACCCGCGCAAGCGAGGCCGAAAGGGCAAGAAUGACGAAAAGCGUGGCGGCAUCGGCGGCGGCGACGACCCACCCAUGGACUAUCUCAAGCAAAACUGGAUCCGAGAGGUCGAAGUCGACAACAACAGGCCCACGCCUCCUUCUCCACAAACUGCUUCCGACGAAGCCACCACCACAUCCACCAAUGAGACAUUCGAUUUCAACGCCCCAAGCCCCAUCGACCCCUCCACUGCCUCUUAUUCUCAACAACAACAACAACAACAGCAGCAGCAGCAGCAGCAUCAACAGCACAUGCCAUCCUCAAUCCCCACCCAAGUUCACAUGGACCCCAGUCUUCUAAUCGACUACGGGAUGAGUAUGAAUGCAAGUGAACCCAUGAUGCUGUACGCCAACCCAGCUUUCCCCAACUUCGACCCUACCCUUGUAGUCCCCAACGACAUGAACCACUUCCAGUUUGACGCCGAUGCUGGUUACUAA